AUGAACAGACGAAUCUCCUCCGUUCUCUCCCUUUCGCGAGGUUAUGCUACGCGGCAUCCAAGGCCAAAGCCAGGAACCUCAGAGAGGCCACCGUAUCACGCACCAGACCCCCUUAGGAACAAUCCCAACGCCACCACGACCAUCCUCAACGACGAAAACCUGACAUUCAUUCAUCGGCCACCCCCAUCAGCACCGUCGCCUUUUUCGUUGACCACAAAUCCCGUAUCACCUUUGCUGAAGCCGCGCCGCGAUGUACCAGAAGGAACGUCAAUGCCGCCCCAAUUACGCGCGUCCAAACUUUCCGAAACUUUCGUUUUAACGGAAGAACAAAAAGCAGAAAUGCGUGAGCUGCGACGAUCAGACCCGAAGCAGUGGACGCGGAGUGCAUUGGCGCGUAGAUUUGGAUGUCCAAGCUGGUUCAUUGAGUACAUAGCUGCUCUUCCCAAAUCAGCCCGGAAAGCGGCGAGACGAGAGCGGGAUGCAGCGCAUGCUGCCAAUAGGGAGAAGUGGAGUGAGAGACAUUCAAUGGUAAAGGCCAUCCGCUUGAGGAAAAGGGAGUUCUGGUAA